AUGGAGAAGAUGGACUGGGACGUCAUCGCUGCAAAGGUUCGAGCCGUUUCGAUUAAAGAACGGAAGCCUGUUCGACUCCUUGCUGACACUUCCGGUGUGUCAAGGAAUCUAAUGAAACCCGCACAAAAUGAAGACAUGGGACGGAAGGCGGGAGCAACGAGUACAAAAUGCCUCAUGCUGGUAAAUUCAAGCUUAGAAGUGAAGGUAGGCUCCCGACAAGCUGUAAGUGUGAUCCAGACCGUACACUAG